AGAGGGAAAAGGGAGUAAAAGGGGAGGGAGCGGCAUUCUAGGUUAUUUGCUGGGGAGCGAUGGCGAGGCGCCGGAAAUCUCCCUCUCCUUCGUCCGAGGAGGAGGAGGAGGAGGAGGAAGAAGAGGUAGUGCCACAGAAUGACGAGGAGGAGGAGGAGGAACUCGAGGAGAUCGAAGAAGCAGCGCGGCCAGAAGAUGUGGAAGCUGAGGACGUCGAGUCAGCUGGCGAGGAGGAAGAAUCCAUGGCGGACGAGGCCGACGGGGACGACGAUUCCGACGACGAGCUUGGCUCGCCUUCCAAGCGCGAGAUUGCGAGGAGGGAGAAGGAGAGGCUCAAGGAGCUCAAGGAGAAGAAGAAGAAAGAAGUGGACAAGUUUCUCAAGAAGCAAAACUCCCUCGUUGAUGCGGACAUGAAAACGAAGGCGAAAGGCCGGCUCAAGUUUCUGUUGGAGCAGACGGAGAUUUUUGCUCACUUUGCACAGGGAGCCGAGAAAGCCAAAGCGAAAAAAGCUGGCGGCAAGGGUAGACAUGCGUCGAAGAUGACAGAAGAAGAGGAGGACGCUGAGUAUUUGAAGGAAGAAGAAAUUGCUUUGGGUGAUGGAGCAGGGGGUUCCGGAGGUACAAGGCUUGUCGCACAACCAGCUUGCAUUAUUGGAAAAAUGCGGGACUAUCAACUUGCGGGUCUUAACUGGUUGAUAAGGCUUUACGAAAACGGGAUAAAUGGAAUUCUCGCCGACGAAAUGGGGCUUGGCAAAACGUUGCAGACGAUAUCUCUUCUGGCUUACCUCCACGAGUCCAGAGGCAUUUCAGGUCCACAUAUGGUGGUUGCACCGAAAUCAACUCUAGGCAACUGGAUGAAUGAGAUACGGAGGUUCUGUCCCGUGCUACGGGCUUUCAAAUUUCAUGGAACACAAGACGAAAGGGCACAACAAAGGGAUUAUCAGCUUGUUGCUGGCAAGUUCGAUGUUUGUGUAACAAGCUUUGAAAUGGCAAUAAAAGAAAGGGCGGCCUUAAAGAAAUUCAGUUGGCGCUACAUCAUCAUCGACGAAGCUCAUCGCAUCAAGAAUGAAAACUCUCUGCUUGCGAAAACCAUGCGUUUAUUCUCCACAAACUAUAGGCUUCUUAUUACUGGAACACCGCUUCAGAACAACCUGCACGAGCUGUGGGCGCUCUUGAAUUUUCUCCUGCCCGAAAUCUUUAGCUCUGCUGAGACCUUUGACGAGUGGUUUCAGAUUUCUGGAGAAAAUGAUCAGCAGGAGGUCAUUCAGCAACUUCACAAGGUCUUACGCCCAUUUCUCUUAAGACGUCUCAAGUCGGAUGUUGAAAGAGGAUUACCCCCAAAGAAGGAGACAAUCCUCAAAGUUGGGAUGUCUCAGAUGCAAAGAAAUUACUACAAGGCUUUACUUCAGAAAGACAUCGACGCUAUUAAUACAGGCGGAGAGCGUAGACGGUUAUUAAACAUAGCCAUGCAAUUACGUAAAUGUUGCAACCAUCCAUACCUCUUCCAGGGUGCCGAACCUGGGCCUCCGUAUUUCACUGGGGAGCAUCUUGUGGAAAACUCUGGCAAGAUGGUACUUCUAGACAAGCUUCUCCCAAAACUCAAGCAGCGAAGUUCUCGCGUACUAAUAUUUUCUCAGAUGACGCGUCUUCUAGAUAUUCUAGAAGACUACUGUAUCUUUCGAGGAUAUCCAUCUUGCCGAAUCGAUGGUGGAACUAGCGGUGAGGACCGGGAGUUUGCCAUUGAGGCUUUCAACAGAGAAGGAAGUGAGAAGUUUAUAUUCUUGCUUUCGACCCGAGCCGGCGGUCUUGGUAUCAAUUUGGCUACUGCCGAUAUCGUUAUUCUCUAUGACAGUGACUGGAAUCCUCAAGUCGAUUUGCAAGCGCAAGAUCGAGCACAUCGGAUUGGACAGAAAAAAGAAGUUCAAGUUUUCCGAUUUUGCACGCAGUAUACUAUUGAAGAGAAAGUCAUUGAACGCGCGUACAAAAAGCUUGCACUGGAUGCUUUGGUGAUCCAACAGGGUCGACUAGCUGAACAGAGAGCUGUCAACAAAGAUGAGCUCUUGCAGAUGGUAAGAUUUGGCGCGGAGAUGGUAUUUAGCGCCAAUGACAGCACUAUCACGGAGGAAGAUAUUGAUCGCAUCAUUGCAAAAGGAGAAGAAGCCACUGCUGAACUUGAUGCCAAGAUGAAGAAAUUUACGGAGGACGCCAUCAAAUUUAAGAUGGACGACACUGCCGAAUUUUACGACUUUGAUGGCAACGAUGACAAGGAGGAAGGUAAAGUUGACUUUAAAAAACUAGUUGCCGAUAAUUGGAUUGAGCCACCUAAGCGAGAAAGGAAACGCAACUACUCUGAAUCCGAUUAUUUCAAGCAAGCAAUGAGAACCGGUGGAUCGAGCAAAUCUAAAGAGCCACGAAUUCCUCGAAUGCCUCAACUACACGAUUUUCAAUUUUUCAACAUUCACCGGCUGACAGAACUGUACGAGAAAGAAGUCAAGUUUCGCUUGAAAACUCAAAAAGAAGGAAACGCCGAGACAGAAGAGAUUGAAGAUGGAGAGCCUCUCACGGCAGAAGAGCAAGAAGAAAAGGAGCAACUGCUUCAGGAGGGAUUUUGUACUUGGACACGUCGAGAUUUCAAUGCUUUUGUAAGAGGUUGCGAGAAGUAUGGGAGAUUCGACUUUGCAAGCAUUGCAAAUGAAAUGGAAGGAAAAACCGAAGAGGAAGUCGAACGAUACUGUAGGGUAUUUCAAGAACGCUACAAAGAGCUCAAUGACUACGACAGAAUUUUGCGAGCCAUUGAACGCGGGGAGGCUCGCAUCGCAAGAAAAGAUGAAAUCAUGAGAACUAUUGGGAAGAAGCUGGACCGAUACAAAAAUCCGUGGCAAGAGCUGAAAAUCCAGUACGGUCAGAACAAGGGUAAACUAUACAAUGAAGAAUGUGACAGGUUUUUGAUCUGCAUGACGAAUAAACUCGGAUACGGCAACUGGGACGAGAUCAAAACCGCCAUUCGCAUGUCACCCAUUUUCAGAUUCGACUGGUUCAUCAAGUCGAGAACCCCGGGAGAGCUCGCAAGGCGGUGCGACACGCUGAUCCGCUUGAUCGAGAGGGAGAUUCAGGAACUAGACAGACAUACAAGGAAAGACCAGAAGCUCGUCAAGAAUGCGUCUCCAGCAAGGAGAUCAUGGCCAAAGCUCUCUGGCAGCGAUGGUGAAGACGAGCCACCGCCAACGAAGAAAAAGAAGCAAUCGGCAGCAGUGGAUGCUGCGUACACACCUCAUCCUAAGAAGAAACGAAGGUAGCAAAGCAGCAGUGUUUCUGAAUGGUAACGAUAAUGUAAUGUAAGUUUGAAGAAAUGAAGCUUUCUUCUUUAAAGA